AUGAUGUCGACGCCAUCAUCAACUGCACAUCUCACACCGACCUCUCCGCAGGUGACUGCAUCAGUUGUGAAGUUUCGCUGCCUGUACACUCACGACUUGCGCCGCAAGUCCAAACGAUGGCACGAUGGCUACCUACGAUACCAUAAGUUCAAUAAACGGGUCAUGGUCUACGACGACCAAGGCAACUUUAUCGGUGACCAUCACUGGCGAUCUAACGAUGAGGUCCAGGAUGGGGACGAAAUGGAACUGGAUAAGGGAGUUCUGAUAGAAGUGACUGAAAACAUGGGCACAACCGAGACGGAUAUCUCAACACUUUACGAGAAGAAGACGCCCAGCCAGGGCUCACCGCAGACCAGAGCGCCGACGCCACAAGUUCCUCGCGUCUCUACCUCUACCCCCGCAUCCGCCUCCGCCUCCGCCCCUAUUCGUGGGUCCCAGUCGUUUCGGUCACUUAACGAUUUGCUGGGCAUCAAGAAAACCCCAAUCGGGCAUUUGGUGUCUCCAUACGAGCAAAGAAAUGCCUCACGCCCAAGCUCAAAUACUCGAGAGCCCGAACGAGAACCGAAGCGACAGAAGACAUCCUCGACGCCGAAUCGAAGCCUGCAGCAAGGCCCGCGUGCACAGAGUCAAGUCAUUGAUUUGACUGAUUCUACCCCUGGAGCAUCUGCAAGGCAAGACCCAAGCUCCUUGAGAUAUCGAACGCCCAGAGUCGGCGGUGACUCUGCGGCCGAUGUACUUCCGGCAAAUCGUCAGCAGAGGCCAGCAGUUCAGUCGAAACACACUCGGCCAACGCGGCCCGAUCCUUCCUCUCAUUCAAUGGUCCCUGCCCCAACUUCAUCGGAGCCAGAUCCAGAUUCCAGUCUGCCUCCACCAGAGACGCUAUUUCGUACAGUUACUGGGGCUGGUCAGUCUGCACGACUCGCAGGCGGUAAAUCGAAAGAUGUGCCGCCGCCGCCGAGACCCCAUAUCCUUCCAUCGAAAAGCCACCUCUCAGGCAUGCCUCCAGAGGUAGAUACAGCGAGGAUCCAAAGAACUUCACCUGCCGGUCGAUCUUCGAUCAAUUCUGAAAAUUCCUCGAAGAGUAGUGCAUCGGCUCCCGUCGGCCACCGACAGUCUGAUCCUCCGACAGUUUCGAGGAGCUCACUUUCAGCUGCGCCCAAGCAACCUGACCGUCGAUCUACGCCACAGGUACCGGUGCGCGUGGCUACUAACAAUGUGCGCCCUAUCCAACCCGAAGACAUCGAAGCUCCAACCGGGAUAUCGUCUUCGGUUCGCGCUUCAACUUCAUCUAACGUUCCGCCUCCAACCCGCCCUUCACCUCCCAUCAGCGCGCCACCUACAACCAGCGCGCCACCUCGAACCAGCAUGCCACCCCCAACCAGCAUGCCACCUCCAUCCCGUCCAUCCUCAGCAUUCCCCACUACGGGGCCCACGGCUGCCCUACGUAUGGGAGCCGGAAAGCCACGCAAAAAGCUGAUGUACAGCGCUCUAUUGCCCGGUUCCUCACGAACUCCAUCUCCCGCGGCCUCAGAUACACCUUCUGGUAGUGCCAACCGUCAGCGUGUCACAGAACCAUCAGAGCAACCGCCGGCCGUCGCUCCAGGUGAUUCAUCCACGGCGAACGAGGAAUUCACGCCCUCGACCUUGACCCAAUCUGUCUUCGACGAGAUAAUAGAUGGAUCGGGGUUCAAGUCACCCGCGACUAUCAGAGGCUUGGCAGGGAAAAGGUCUCUCAAUCCGUCAUUGCGUAAAUCGAUAUCUGACCCGACUGCAUUGGAAGGAAGACCAAUGCACACAUCUACCAAGGAGAACGAGCUCAGGGAGCAAGGCCCCUGGACAUCAGAGGCCUUAGAUUUGUUCGCUUUCUGGCCUGUCGGUCGACCGAAACCAACGGAUUGA